UUGCCAAGAGGCUGCCCGAACCAGAGACCCGGGAUGGAGCCCAGGACACUUCGGCCAGCAGCGGCGUCCUCUGAGAUGAGCCAGGGAGCUGGCAGGGGCUGGACCACCAGCAGGCCCGAGGCUGGCGUUUGCUCCCUGGCACUGCCCUCCGACCUACAGCUCGACCGCCGGGGUGCCGAGGGCCCUGAGGCAGAACGGCUUCGAGCAGCGCGCGUCCAGGAGCAGGUCCGAGCCCGCCUCCUGCAGCUGGGCCAGCAGACGCGGCACAACGGGGCUGUUGAGUCUGGGGGUGCCACCGCCGCCGAGGCCACCAGAGGCUCGUCCCGGAACCAGUGCCAUACCCUUCAGGCCAGCUUCAGCUCCCGAUCCCAGGGGCCAAGUGGGGACAAGCCGACCUUCCGGCCAGUCGCCAAGCCAGCUUAUAGCCCAGCCUCCUGGUCUUCUCGCUCUGCUGUGGACCUGAGCUGCAGUCGGAGGCUGAGCUCUGCCCACAAUGGGGGCAGUGCCUUUGGGGUGGCUGGGUAUGGGAGCAUGCAGCCCACCCCAGGCAUGCCCACCCGGCCUGUGUCCUUCCACGAGCGUGGAGGGGCUGGCAACCGGGCUGACUAUGACACACUGUCCCUGCGUUCGCUGAGGCUGGGCGCCGGGGGCCUGGAAGAUGGCUACAGCGUGGUGUCUGAGCAGCUGGAGCCUACGGGCGCCUCCACCUACAGGGCCUUUGCCUAUGAGCGCCAGGCCAGCUCCAGCUCGAGCCGGGCCGGGGGGCUGGACUGGCCAGAGGCUGCCGAGGGCCCCCCGAGCCGCACCAUCCGUGCCCCUGCCAUGCGGACCCUGCAGCGAUUCCAGAGCAGCCACCGAAGCCGUGGGGGCCCUGGGGCAGUGCCGGGCGCAGGCCUGGAGCCCAUGGCCAGGGCCCCAUCUGUGCGCAGCCUCAGCCUCAGCCUGGCUGACUCAGGCCACUUGCCCGAUGUGCGUGGGCUGGAUAGCUACGUCGGCCAUCGAACUCUGCAGAGACUCAGCAGCGGCUUUGAUGACAUCGACCUGCCCUCAGCAGUCAAAUACCUCAUGGCCUCAGACCCCAACCUGCAGGUGCUGGGCGCAGCCUAUAUCCAGCACCGGUGCUACAGUGACGCAGGAGCUAAGAAGCAGGCCCGCAGUCUUCAGGCAGUGCCGAGGCUGGUGAAGCUCUUCAACCAUGCCAACCAGGAGGUGCAGCGCCAUGCCACAGGUGCUAUGCGCAACCUCAUCUAUGAUAACGCCGACAACAAGCUGGCCCUGGUGGAGGAGAAUGGCAUCUUUGAGCUGCUGCGGACACUGCGGGAGCAGGAUGAUGAGCUGCGCAAGAACGUCACAGGGAUCCUGUGGAACCUGUCAUCCAGUGACCACCUGAAGGACCGCCUGGCCCGUGACACACUGGAGCAGCUCACAGACCUGGUGCUGAGCCCCCUGUCAGGCACUGGGGGCCCCCCCCUCAUCCAGCAGAAUGCCUCUGAGGCCGAGAUCUUCUACAAUGCCACUGGCUUCCUCAGGAACCUCAGCUCAGCCUCCCAGGCCACUCGCCAGAAGAUGCGGGAAUGCCAUGGGCUCGUGGAUGCCCUGGUCACCUACAUCAACCAUGCACUGGACGUGGGCAAGUGCGAGGACAAGAGUGUGGAGAAUGCCGUGUGUGUGCUGAGGAACCUGUCCUACCGCCUGUAUGAUGAGAUGCCGCCGUCUGCCCUGCAGCGGCUUGAGGGCCGGGGCCGCAGGGACCUGAGUGGGGCACCUCCUGGAGAGAUGGUAGGCUGCUUCACGCCACAGAGCCGGCGGCUGCGUGAGCUGCCUCUCACAGCCGACGCGCUCACCUUCGCCGAGGUAUCAAAGGACCCCAAAGGUCAGGAGUGGCUGUGGAGCCCCCAGAUCGUGGGCCUCUACAACCGGCUGCUGCAGCGCUGUGAGCUGAACAGGCACACCACUGAGGCGGCCGCGGGGGCCCUGCAGAACAUCACUGCAGGGGACCGCAGGUGGGCAGGCGUGCUGAGCCGCCUGGCACUGGAGCAGGAGCGAAUACUGAACCCCCUGCUGGACCGAGUUCGGACCGCUGACCAGCACCAGCUACGCUCGCUGACAGGGCUUAUCCGAAACCUCUCCCGCAACGCCAGGAACAAGGAUGAGAUGUCCACCAAGGUGGUGAGCCACCUGAUUGAGAAACUGCCUGGCAGUGUGGGUGAGAAGUCUCCCCAGGCCGAGGUGCUGGUCAACAUCAUUGCUGUGCUCAACAACUUGGUGGUGGCCAGUCCCAUCGCAGCCCGUGACCUGCUCUACUUUGAUGGGCUCCGGAAACUCAUCUUCAUCAAGAAGAAGCGAGACAGCCCAGACAGCGAGAAGUCCUCCCGCGCGGCCUCCAGCCUCCUGGCCAACCUGUGGCAGUACAGCAAGCUACACCGAGACUUUCGCGCGAAAGGCUAUCGGAAAGAGGACUUCCUUGGCCCAUAGGCAAGGCAACCUGGAGAGAAGGUGGUGUUGUCCAGUCUCCAAGGAAUGGGCUCAGCUCUGGCUGCUCACCAGCUGGGGACAGCCUGGAGGAAGAGGCUGAUGGCCAAGGGCACUCUCUCCCUGGCACCUCUGUGCACCUGUGAGGAGCCUUGCCAUCAGGAGGGGAUGGGGCUUGCAGCUGGGCUUUUGGCUUCCGCAGGGCAGGGGGUGUGCAGGGCUUAGGCUGCUGUGGUGCACAGGGUGGUGACCCAGUCGCAGCGGCAGAGAUGGGGCUGGCCAUGGCCUGGCCAUGCCUCCAGAUAGCGGCAUGGGAAUAAAGGUGACUGAACUCA